AUGAACCUGUCAGAUUAUGUUUGUGAGCUCGAAUUCCUCUUGGACGAGCCGUGGAACCUCAGCAGGCUCCAUGAAAACGAUCAGAAACUUUUAUUCGGGAUCGGCACGGAUAAUUUCAUCACGCUGCUGGUUUUCGGGCUCAUAUUUACGCUCGGCGUGCUGGGGAACUCUAUGGUGAUCACCGUGCUGGCCCGGAGUAAACCAGGCAAGCCACGGAGCACCACCAACAUUUUCAUCCUCAACCUCAGCAUAGCGGACCUCUCCUACCUGCUCUUCUGCAUCCCGUUCCAGUCCACCAUCUACAUGAUGCCGACGUGGGUGCUGGGCGCCUUCAUUUGCAAAUUUAUCCAUUAUUUCUUCACCGUGUCCAUGUUGGUCAGCAUCUUCACCCUGUCUGCUAUGUCCGUGGACCGCUACAUCGCCAUAGUCCACUCCAGAAAGUCCUCUUCUAUCCGGGUGGCCAAGCACGCUUUCAUCGGAGUGGUGGUCAUUUGGAUACUGUCUCUGGCCAUGGCAGCGCCGGUGAUGUAUUACCAGAACAUCUUUCACAGAGGAGAGAACCACACCUUUUGCUGGGAAGUGUGGCCAGAUCAAAACCAGAAGAAAGUUUAUGUGGUUUGCACGUUUGUUUUUGGCUACGUGUUGCCCCUGCUGCUCAUUUCCUUCUGUUACGCAAAGGUUUUAAAUCACUUACAUAAAAAACUAAGAAAUAUGUCCAAAAAGUCAGAGGCAUCAAAGAAAAAGACUGCUCAGACGGUGCUGGUGGUGGUGGUGGUGUUCUGCCUGUCUUGGCUCCCCCAUCACGUCGUCCACCUCUGGGUGGAGUUUGGGACCUUCCCGCUGAACCAGGCCUCCUUUGUGUUACGGGUGGCCGCCCACUGCCUGGCUUACAGCAACUCCUCCGUCAACCCGGUCAUCUACGCCUUCCUGUCGGAGAACUUCAGGAAGGCUUACAAGCAGGUGUUUAAGUGCCAGAUCGGUACGAGUGACUCGCCACUCAACGACAUCAAGGAGAUCCGCAGCAAGGCCGAAACCCCGCCUUCUACUAACUGCACCAAUGUCUGA